AUGACAGCAGUAUCGUCGUUUUUGCGAUGCACCGCAUCAUUAUCACGACAUACGAGACUUCCGGCACUGAGUUUGGCUCAUCUGAGAAACAUGUUCAUACAAGUUCACCAAACUCCCAACCCGAACAGUCUCAAAUUUACACCCGGCACGAAUGUUCUAGAAGGAACAAGUUUCACGCAACCCACUUUAAACAUUCCUUCUAUAAACGAGGCUGCAAGGUCACCUCUGGCCAGACAUUUGUUCCGAGUGGAGGGAGUUAAAGGGGUUCUCUUGGGCUCGGAUUUCAUAACUAUCACCAAAAUAACAGACACCGAUUGGGCUCUCAUCAAACCAGACUUAUUUGCCGUGAUCCAGGAUUUCUUUGCAAGUAAUUUGCCGGUCGUGAAAGAUGACACAGAAGUCGAUGAAUCGUCGACGACUGCAAAUUCAGAAGAAAUUGACUUUGAUCCAGCGGAUGCUGCAAUUGUUGAGCAGAUCAUUGAGUUGAUGGACAGUAGAAUCAGACCGACAGUGCAGGAAGACGGCGGAGAUUUGCAACUGAGGGGCUUCCGAGACGGAAUCGUGAAGUUGAGGAUGCAGGGCGCCUGUUCUUCCUGUCCGUCUUCAACUGUCACUUUGAAAUCUGGGGUGCAGAACAUGCUGCAGUUCUACAUUCCAGAAGUGACUGGAGUUGAGGAGGUGCUGGAUGAAGUGGAUCUGGCGAGUCAGAAGGCCUUCGAGGACCUGGAGCACAGGAUCAUGACUAAGAAGCCAACCCAGAAGUACAACUGAACAAACCAUUGUAGUCGGUCACAAUUGUGUGUUUUACUCCGAUAAAAAUUGUCGCACGAAAGGAAAAACUAUUGCAUCAAUGCGAAUUAAGUAAAAACUGAAUUUAUAUUUUUACCCUUUUUUGUGCGUUUAGAGAAUUAAAAAUGGUAGAUUUGUACUUAUAUGGGUUUGGAUCUCUGUAACUAUAUCCCCCAUUUUGCAUAAGGAGAGAUUCGUUUCGAGGUAUAAAACUCUCAUGUGCUUAACCAUUGAUAUUUUUCUUUAUGGGGGAUAUUCGUUACUAGGUAUAUAGUUAAAGAGAUCCAUGGGUUCUAACAUAAUAAGAUUUGUCGUGUUUGCCAAUAUUUUGAACUCGAAAUUCAUGUGCGAAACUGGGGUAAAAAAUUCAAGAAGCAAAAUAAGUGGUAAAUGAAUCUAUUUAACAAUCCCCCCCCCCUAUGAUAUCUACUUAAGAAUCUCCACCCCUAUGAAUAAACACAUUUUGCUGCAUUCUGUUUGGUCGAAAAUUCGAUUAUUUAAUCUACUUAACAAUCUCUCCCCUUUCUGAAUAGGGAGGGAGAUUGUUAAGUAGAUCAUGGUAAAUUUCUGCGCUCAGAUUUAGAUUUAUUGGCAAAAUUUACUACUAGAUGGACCCGGCGAACUGCACUUUGUUAAAAGCUUCCUGUUUUGAUUGUUAUUUAGAUAGGUUCAAGUUAUAAAGAUUGUUUUGAUUGUUAUUUAGAUAGGCUUAAGUAAUAAAUAGAGUUUAGAUUC